ACCAAGUUGUCCACACGGACGUCAUUUAUUUCUGUUCACCUUUGUGGUCGAUAUUGAAGAACAAUUCCCAGUUCCAGUUAUAUUUGCAUAAAGGACUCUGGCGUGUGCAGGAUUGUCUUCUUUCUGAAUGAAUAUGGCAACAACUGGCUCACCCUUUGAUAUAACCAUGGUCAAUAACUCCUACUAUGACGAUGAGUAUGAAGAUGAAAUGUGCAACAAUACAAACGUCCUGCAUUUUGGAGCGACCUUGACUCCGGUGUUCUUCUCCAUCAUACUCAUCCUCAGUCUGUUUGGCAACAUCCUGGUCAUUGUGAUUCUGGCCAAGUAUGAGAACCUCAAAUCCCUCACCAAUGCUUUCACCCUGAACCUGGCUAUAUCGGAUCUCUUCUUCACCGCAGGUCUGCCCUUCUGGGCCUCCUAUCACAUGUAUGGAUGGACUUUAGGGCAACCUGCAUGCCAGAUAGUCAACUUUGUCUUCUACGUUGGUUUCUACAGCAGUGGUAUCCUCCUCAUCCUGAUGACUGCUCACCGUUAUGUAGCUGUCAUGAAUCCUCUGUCUGACAUUGUGUCCACCACAGGCUCCUUCAGUGUCAUAACAUGUGUGAUCGUUUGGGCAGUGAGUUUAUUUGUCGCCAGUCCAGCCUUCAUCUUCAUCAAAGUGGAGCAAAAUAUGUGUGUAUAUGCAAAUUCUUUCUGGAGCUUAUGGGGAAUCUACCAGCAGAAUGUUCUCUUCGUUGUGAGUUCAGUGGUGUUCAUCUUUUGUUAUUCUCAGAUCAUGUGCAGGUUGAUGCGUCCUACUGCCCAAAGAAGAAAGAACAAAACUUUAAAACUCAUUUUUAUUCUCAUUGUUGUUUUCUUUGUGGGAUGGGCACCUUACAAUAUAGUGAUAUUUCUACAGUCAUUUGAUUUCUGGCCCAAACCACCUGCUGACUCAAAGACUGUGGCAAGUGCGUGCAAAACAUCUGAGCCACUCGGUUACGCCUUUUACAUUAGCCGGCUUUUUGCCUUUUCACACUGCUGCCUCAACCCUGUGUUUUAUGUGUUUGUGGGGGUUAAAUACAAAAACCAUUUGAAGAAAAUGCUGAAGGGCUGGGGCCAAAGCAAUAACCGCAUCAUCAACAGGCAUAGCCGACUAACUAUCACAUCGGUGACAAGUGGUGAAGAGUUCUCGAUGUAGUAGAUGUAUGUAGAGAACCAGAACAUCCAGGUUCUGUGCCAAAGUAAGUAAAACCUCAUUCAAAAGUAUGUUGACAUUUGUAAAUUGUAAUGGCACAAACAACUUCAAUGACCAAACAAUGAAGUGGAUGGUCUACACCAGCAGAAGACCACGCCGGGUUCCACUCCUGUCAUGAACCAGACAGAAGAUUGGAUAAAAUGGCGCCCGGUCUGUCGAAUCUCGACGUCAGAAUUUAGCGUAAACAACAUGAACCCAUGAAUCCACCCUGCCUUGUGUUGAUGGUGUAAUGGAUAUUAUUUUAGCACUCACCAGGCCCCUUAAUACCAACUGAGCAGCGUUUAAACGGCAGCAGUGUAACGUCGUCUCAAGGUUGUCGACAAGGAGCCACUGACACACGAGCCACUGACCGGAUACGAAGUACACAACUUUUAUUUGUGAUAAAAGGGAUAUCCAAAAUGUCAUACAAUUGCAUCCAUUUCACUUUGUAGUUUCCAAUCAAACUGCUAUUAUAAAAUAACAGCCGGCCCUGUGUAUUUAGGUUAAUAUGUAUGUGAUUUUGAAUAAAUGUUGAUACAUUGAUUAUACAAGUUAUUACAGAUAAUACGUGAUUCACUUUGAUUUAAUGCAUUUUACUUUAUGCUUUCAUAUCAAUCAUUUAGAUCAAUUCAUUUAUGUUCUUACCUUGUCUCUUUCACAAGGUAAUACUUUCCUUUCAAGAGAGUCUUUUUGUGUAUGAUCAUUUGGAAUUUGUGAUAAAAAUUGCGUUUAUUUUUGCUUGAUCAUUUCAUCAUCAUAAUUAUUUCCAUGCUUAACAAAAAAAUAAAGAUAAAGGAAAUUA